AUGGAUUCCACGUCUCGUGGAGGGAGCCUCCAUCCAGCCGCUUCGGCGGGGGAAUGGAAUAACCUGGUAGCCCAAGGCCAAGUCUUGCUGGAACAGAUGUGGGAUGACGAAAAUAUCGAUCAGUCCCCUUUUCAGCCCAGGUCAAGCCUAGAACGAUGGGGCUGGGUCGAGCACGGCUUUCCACGACUCCACUCAACGUCCCAGACAUACGUCGCGCCUUUGCAUCAGCUCCGAGGUGUGGAGGGACUCGAGUUUGUCAGGGACUUGUAUCCUAUCGACAGCAACAAUUCGCGAUGGUGGACGGCCAUUAGAAAAGUGCACAGCGAGCCGUACGAGAAUCCGAUUGAGUAUCGACAGAAUAAUCCCACGGGAGGGAGAUACAGUGCUCUGUACAAUAUACAUGCACAUGUGCUAUUGUGGACUGAAAACCACGACCCCCGCGAGGCUGCGCGUAGUAGGCUUAUUGAAGACUUGCCCGAGUUGCUUGACUUCUGUGACGUUGGCUUCUUGACGUACCGCGAGAAAAGAGAGAAUAAGGUUCGCAUUGAGAAAAUGCAACCCCUUGCCUGGUUCCACGUGCCCCACUUGGAGCACCGCGGAGACACUUUGCGCGUCGUCACAAGAGUCAUGGAUAUGUUUGGCCAUCGGCUAGCCACCCCCGGAACGUCAGUCACCGUUCCCAUCGGAAGUGAAGCCUACAACGCAUUGCUGGCUACGCCCUGUAUCAGACAGUUUGCCAGACUUCUCAUCCGGUACAAACAUGUCAUCGGUGUCAGCGUCAUCACCUCGAUAACUGUCUACCACUCGUGGACGCUAACUUCGGGAUCCCAACCCGGACACGAUACCCCAGGGUUUUUAGUGCACGCAGCCCCGUUUGAAAAGAGGCUCGCAAAGAUCAGGUCCGAGAACUCCAACUAUGAAGACGACGUUGCAUCGCGCGGGCGAUAUGACUGGCCACAUAAGCUGAAGCCACGACUAUAUCUAGGUAAGGGGGAAAACGCCACUCCGCUUUGGCAACCACCUCUGCGGCCAAGUCAAAGUUCUACUGGAAAUGCCAUUCCUGCAGUUUCCGGAUCUUCAAUCCAUCAACCGGCAUCAUCUAUCCAUGACCAACGGGGUGUCAGCCAGAACGAAGAGGCUGGCGUGUUCAACCCUUCACAGUCCUUGGAUUCGGUUAGCUUGCGAAUAGACCCGUUGUACGAAGGUGAAAAGCGAAUUGCGCUUCUUCAGCAAGGUCAGAAACUCCAGGAUGCCAUGUGGAGUGUAGGAACUCUUCCCCCACAAUAUGCGCCAGUCGAAAUCAAGAACUUGACAGACAUUAAUUGGCGACUCACCAGGAAGAUGUCGACGGUGAAUUUGGAGUCUUUGCGUUUCCUGGAAGGCUAUGUCGGUCUCGAAGAUCUUAUAGAAUCCGCUGAGGACAAAGGCAUACCACAACAAGUUGACCCUGUGUCAAUUGCGUUUCCACAUGAGUGGUAUGAAACGCAAGACCAAAUCGCAGCACUUAACACAGUUGGGGAACUCCACUCGCUCAUCAGUUACAAGCGACGUGUAGUUGCCCAGCUCGAGUCGAGUGUGCCAUAUCCGCCAGGGCUAGAUCCAAACGCCAACCCAGCCGUACCGGGGAGCCAGACGAUGCCAGACAGUCUACCGCCGAUUCGCGAUUGGGGCGAUGUCGUCUCUGCCGAAUAUUUUAGUGACUCUCCAAAUCCACCGUCUCUAGACCAUGGUUCUGCACUACCGAAGUGGUGGCCUAUCUUAGCAAACCCAUACAGGUCAGUGAGCCCAUCGGCAACAGAGGUAAUCACAGAUUUUCUCACAGACAACGGUCUGUCCUCGGUGCCUGGAUGGCCAGGCAUCACGCUCCCGAUCGGUACACUAGCUUACGUCCAACUCCUGGCAUCGCCCGAGAUUAGGCAGAUUGUUUGGCCAUUGAUCACACACAAAUCUACGUUUGGAGAUGCAACAAUAGCAAGCAUCACUGUGUUUGACAGCAAUGCGAACAGCCAAAGUAUGCCACAGGUCGUGGACGUCAACGAUAACGACGAUCACUCGCGGGACGUGCAACUCAACUUUGUUCCCUACGUUCAGCAACGAUCCGAGCAUCUUCGCUCCAUGCUUAAAAGAAACAGCGAUUUCGAUCUCACAGGAGCAGAGCCCUUUCCGCCAAAGGAUACGUCCCGCCCAGUGGGACCGCUCACGAGCAAGGAUGGUCCUAAGUGGCCUUGCCCAUUGUGGCCCGUUCGAAAUUUUCAAACGGCAUCCACUCAAAUGAAGGAAGGCCCAGGGCCAGAUACAAGCAAAGGCCCCAGUGACGGAUCGAGCGGCAAAGACAAAGGCAAAGGCAAAGGCAAAGACAAUCAAUCUGGUUCUGGUCGAGGCAGCUUUUUCCAAGUCUCCCAUUUCGGACGGCGAAACAAAUCCUGA